AUGGAUAACAGCCAUUAUGCACUGACGGAGGACCAGCUCCGGUUCUACCAGGAGAAGGGGUAUUUGCUCAUCCGAGGCUUUUUCAAUGAUCCUGAGACCAAGGUCCUGCAACAAUGGACUCAGGAAGUGCAUGACCUUCCGCGAACCCCAGAUGCAACUUACAUGCCUUAUGAGGAAGUAAAUGCGGAAGGCAAAAGGGUUCUCUGCCGCACUGAGAAUUAUGCCAAUUCUCAUGCUGGCUUCGACAGUUUUCUGCGUGGUGAACGCAUCAUGAGCGUUCUCCGUCAGCUAGCUACAGAGGAAAUGAUUCUUUUCAAAGAGAAAAUUAACUACAAACUCGCUGGUAGUGGUGGCUUCUCCCCGCAUAUCGACGCUAAUGCAUAUACUCACGUCAAGAAAAUAAAGCACCUGACAGUGCUUGCUGCUGUUGAUGAGAUGACUUCGGAAAAUGGUGGGCUUGACGUGGUUGAUGGCAGUCAUCUCAUGGAGGUACCCCUUGGAGAAGAUCGCUGCAUUGAGCCUACGUGGGUCAAGAGCCAAACAUGGACACCUUGCAAUCUGCAACCGGGUGACAUUCUCGUUUUUGGCUCCUACCUUGCCCACAAAAGUGGCGCCAACACCAGCUCCAAGGACCGACGCGCAAUUUAUGCCACAUACAACCGCUUGGCCGAGGGUGACCUGCACGAUCAGUACUAUGAGGAUCGCCGCAAGCUGUGGCCUGCCACACACAUGCGGAAAGAGGGGGAGUCGUAUGAAGAGGGCAGGAUGCGGUAUGGCUAUGGCUCCCCGAUGCUUACGGUCGAGGGUCAACAGCCGGUACUGGCGUAG